CAGAAUAUCUUUUCGCAAGAUAUCGCGGCAGCAAAGCAUCGGCGGCGACUACCCUGUCCGACGUCCCUAUUCCUUUCCAAUUGAUUGAAGCAGGAGGAGCUCUCUGUGUGUAUCAAGUGGAUAGGCAAGAAUGAUGACGUCAAACGAUGAGGAUCUGCGGUAUCGAAGUGCAUCAGAAAAUAGCGCCUUGCUGCCUGAGAUCAAAGUCAAGCCAUUGGAAGCUCCCUCGCGGGAAAAAUCGUUUCGCGCAAUGCGACGAGCAUUUUGGAACGAAGCACGCGCUGUGUGGAAGAUGGCAUGGAAGGUGUCCCUGGUGACGGUGUGUCAAACGUCCCUUCCAACGAUAUCCGCGGCAUUCCUUGGCCAUUUAGGCAGCAAUGAGCUUGCCGGCAGUGCGUUGGCCAACAUUUGGAUCUCGGGGGUCCAGGUCGUCAUCUAUGGAUUCGCUGUCGCAUUAUGCACGCUGUGCGGUCAAGCGUACGGGGCUCAAAACUAUGAAUUGGUUGGAAUUUGGCUGCAAUUGGGCAUCUUUUUCCUCACCAUGUUUUCCAUUCCCGUGUGCAUUUCGUUCUUCUACGUCGAGCACAUCUUUGUGUACCUCUGCGACGACGCUGAAGUGCUCGGGUAUGCCAGUACUUACUCCCGUUACUCUGCCCUCAGCAUCUGGCCGCAGUGUGUGUACUACGCCCUUCGACAAUACUUUCAAGCGCAAGAGAUUGUGACACCGGCAACGGUCAUCAACAUGCUCAGUGUCGGCGUCUGCAUUGGCGCGAACCAAGUCCUGAUCUACGGCAUCGAAGGAGUGCUUCCCGGGCUUGGGUUCAUCGGGUCGCCCCUCGCGCAGUUUGCCGCCGCCAUCUUUCAACCACUCGCGCUGAUCUUGUACUCUUGCUUUUUUCGCAGGCACCACGAAAAAACCUGGUACGGGUUUACGUGGGAAUGCCUCGAACGCGAGCGCGUCAAGCGAUUUCUUCUCCUGUCACUGGGCAUGACGGUCAACAUGGCAAUGGACGAAUGGGUGUAUUCGUUUGCCACGUCGCUGGCAUCGUACCUUGGUCCAACGGUCUUGUCGGCCAACAGUAUCAUUUACAACUUGUGGAACCUCGUCUUUGGCGUGUACUGGGGCUUUGGACUCCCGACACAAGUCCGCGUCGCCAACUUCCUCGGAUCGUACCAGCCCGACCGCGCCAAGCGCACGAUGUGGGUCGGGUUCGUCUUGGGCGCGUUUGCCAGUGUCGGGUCGGCCCUCGUCGUGUUUCUCUUCCGAUACCCUAUCGUGGACGCGUUCACGCCCGACCCAGACCUCCAAGCGACCAUUCACGUGGCGCUACCAAUCUUUUGCAUUGCCGUGUCGCUGUCGGGGCUGCAUCUUGUUCUUGCUGCCGUUGUCGAAGGCAUGUCCCUGGCCUCGACGCUCGUGUGCAUCACUGGUGUCGGCUCGUGGGCGAUUCUCCUUCCGUGUGCGUAUCUAUUUGGAGUUGUGUGGAAUGGCGGGCUGCCAGGGCUGUGGUGGGGCAGUGUGCUCGGGGAGCUGGCCAAGUUUGCCAUGAUGGCCGGCUUCCUCUACCACAUUGACUGGGACGAGAUGGGAAUGCUUGCCGUCAAGAUGUCAGAAGGGGAAAUGGACGACGAAGAAGUCGAAGAAGACGUAAUCCGACGCAUGACGCGCAGUAUGUCGACGCCGUCGCUCUUAAGCAACCCCGUUUUGUCCAACUUUUCAACCCCCCAGCAAGUGCGGCCGCAUCAUCGGCUGUCCGAGGACGACCGGAUGCUCCACCUGUUGCAUGCUGCGGCCAAGAAUGCCAACCGCAGCUACCGCACGGCCGACAGCUUGUAGUCAUGCAAACCAUGGGAGUUGAUCUCCAUUGCCCUGUAGAACCCUUGUGUGAAUGAACGACUCAAUGACAACGAAUUUGGCGCUUGAA